UUCUUCUCCUUAUUUCUCAAUUUUUUGUCCAUUCUUAUUUCUCGAGUUCCCAUUUUCUUGUUAUUUUUUUCUAAAUAGAGAAAAUUCAAGAGUUUGAACUAGAAAUAGAACAUUUUGUGUCUACUUGUCAACCAAUUUUUUCUCAAUUUCUUUGGAAUUUCUCUCUCUAUUCCUAUUUUACCGGUUCAAUUUUUCUCUUGAAAUUGCCAAAAUAAAAAAAGUUCAAGAGCCUGGAAUAGGAAAAACAUUAAUUUCCAUUUAUCUACCAAUUUUUUCCUGAUUUUUCUUAUAUUUCUUCUCUUUGAUUCUUAAUUUUACGAGUUCAAUUUUUGUCUAUUUUCAAUCAGAAUCAAUUUCAAUAUCCAAUUUCUGAUUAUUCUCGUUUCCUAUGUUUGGGAUCAAACGCCAGGAAUACUAUAUAUAUUAUCUAUUCACAAUCAAAAAUACAGGUUAAAUUUAUCACCUUUCAAUGCUAUUUGAUAGGGAAAGGUGAUAAAUUUACCUGUACCUUUGGAAAACAGAUUGUGAAUAAAAUAUGGAUUUUAAACCAAGUAUAAAAAUCCAGGAAGAAAGAAAAUGAAAAACUGAACUUUUUAAGCUAUAAAAGUGAAAAUUUAGAAAAAGCUGAACAUAUGCUUUUUUCCUCUUCCUAUAUAGGUACUUAAUUUAUCGUUGGUCCCUUCUUUAAUCAACUAAAGUGCACCUUAUCCCUAUCAUGACUAGCCCUUAUCCGACUGAAAAUUACAUCAGCUGUUCUGCCUGCAUUUUCUUAUCGAUUUUCCAGCCUUACAGACGCCAAUAUACAGCACUCGUUUUAUAUCAAAAUAAAAUGUCCAAAAUCGUUUAUUUUUCUAUUCAAAUAUAAAAGUGACAGUAGUGGUGAAAUGAUUGCGGGUGAAUAAACUUUUAAAGAAAAAGUAAGUAAGUACCCAUACUUAUGAUGUUAUUUAUAAAUUUAUUUUACUAUUACAUGCAUGUGUAUAUAUGAAACUCAAUAAGAAAUACCUACUUUAUGAUUGCAUUCAUAUAAUUAGAAACAGAAUUAUUAGUAUAUUAUUAGAAAGUUCUUUUUAUAAGACAGGUAAAUAUUUUUCUAUAAAGCUGUGUUAAUAUUUACCUACUAGGCUUUUAAUGAAAACCUUUUGGAACGAAAGGUCUCUGUCCUGUUUAAUAUCCCUGCUCCUGGCUAUAGAGGGAAAAUGUCAAAGGACUAAGGGUUGAAAACUAGGACGAUGUUAGUAGAGAAUAUUCUGCAGAAAUGUAGGUAUUCUAAUCUUCAAAUAUUAUCUAACAAGUUUAGGGCCAUAUUUAAAAAAACCAAACAAACCUAAAUACACAAAAACACCUAUAGACACACACAUGUUUAUGUUCCUUGGGCUGUAAUUAUUGUGUAAAAUAAACACAUCUCGAGGAACGUAGAUUGUAGUAUAUAGUUAAUUUGCCGCCAGAAAGCUUCGAGUCAAGUAUAGUUAGAGCUGCGCUCCUUCAGCACAAAAAUACGGCUCAUUUUUAUGAUGAAAACACUAGUGUUGUGUCUUGUGAUGUUGUAGUGAUCAAAGUGUUGUGAAAAGUUGGCGCUAGUCCAGAAAAAUAAAAAAAAUUGGCGAAAAAAAACUGUCAUGACACAAAAAGAAGUGACUUUGGACGGCGGCCCACCAUGGGGAUUUCGUAUGCACGGCGGCGUCGAUUCGACGACGCCUCUCAAAGUUUCGAGGGUAAAUCCUGGAAGCAAAGCAGCCCAAAGAGGUAUCAGAGAAGGGGAUUUUAUUACUUCAAUCAACGACUUAAGUACCAAAAACUUGACAAACAAUGAGGCACAUAAUUUACUCAAAAACACUGGCAGCAGUACUUUAAAGUUAGGACUGAACAAAGACAUCGAAUCAUCACCAAAGAAAACACAGUACCGCACUCUACACCAGGAAACCCAUGAGAAAACUAUAAAAAGAUCCAGCGUGAGCUACACCUUAAAAGAAACCAUUGAACGAUCGUCUUCCAGAAACCCCAAAAACAACGAAUUUAUUAGCAGCAAUCAAGGUACCAAACAAAAUGGUAGUGACGUCACGAUAGUCACCAACAUUCCAGUAUCGCAAAAUUCUACCUCAUCAAGUUCUUCUACUCCUAGUACUUUAGUAGCUGAAGGCAAAAAUAAAUCAUCAGAUCACGCAAUUGCUUCCAGACAAUCAUCGUAUUCGAAUUGUAGCUCUAUUCCAGACGAAGGAUUGGACAAAGCGAUGAAUAAAGAUGACGAAGGAAAGAUGUCCAAGAGCAAAAAGCGCAGACAAAGGAGGAAGAAUUUACAGAACAAACAGCACGAUGAUGUAGAAACAACAACGAUAAUUUUGCAUCCUUCAUUAGACAAAUUAGACAUUCUCAGCCUGAAACGUAUCGAACACAAAUACAAAGUAGAAUCACCAAAAGAACUAAAAAAAUUGAAAGCCAAAAGCAAAAGCUUGGACGAUGAUGAUUUGUUGAACAUCCAAGAAGUUUCUGAAGCUAGUGAAAAUGAAGAUCAUACAAAUAUUAUUAUUUCUGAAGCAUCGUCGGAAGAAAAUCUUUUGGACAAUGAACUCAUAAGUCCAGCAGAAGAACAAGAACUCAGAACCUUUUUGGAUGGUUUAAAUCUUGUAAAUUCACCAGAAGAAUCGGCCAAAGAUUUAUAUGAACGAACUAGCGGAGUGAAUGAUUCAAAAGCUAAAAAAAUACAAAAACGAAAAGAGCUUGAAGAAUAUUUUAUGCCUAUUGCUCAAAAUCCUAGAUAUUUGGAUGCCAUUUCUGAAGAAGCUAGCGAUAUUAGUGAUAAAGAAUGUUCUAGUAGUUUGAGGCAUUUGAAACAAGGUACUCCAGAGUUGAAUAAUAAUAAAGUGAAAAGUUGUAUAGAGGAGCCUAUUUUGGUAGAAACAAUAAAAGAAGAUUUUGUUAAGGCAGAUGAAGCUGAAUUAGUUUAUUUGGAUGAUUUGAGUACGUCAUCAAGUGAUUUUGAUGAAAAAUCUUAUGAUUUUCAAAUAGACUCUGAAGAAACUAUUUCAACAGAAAUUUCUAGUGAUGUGAAAGUAUGCAGUAAGAUUUUAAGACCAAGUAAAGAUGGUUCAAGUUCAAAAGUGGUUUUUGACUAUACAAGAAUCCCAAAUGUUCUGAAACCUAAAGAACCUGAAGAUGAAAAAGAAUUGAAAAAUAAUGAGCAGAAAACUAUCACAAAGAGUUGUAUGAAUGGAAUUAAAAGUGAAAAUCUUGAAAACAAUGACGUUAAAGUGUUAGUAGGAAAUACAAAAGAAAUUUGUGAAGAGAAAAAUGAAAGUAAAACUGAAAAUACUAAAGAAGAAUCAAUAAAAAUUACAUCAACAAAAUGUACAACGGAAUCGAAAAAAGAAAGCACACUAAAACAAAUGAUAAUGACAUCAAACAACAAGACAGACAGUCAAAAGCUGCUCGAAUUUAAAAACAUAAAAAUGUUAAAUGACGAAAUCAAAGAGAAAAUAAACAGACAAGAAUUAGUCGGACCCCUUUUCAGGAAAUCCAAGUCACCUUCGGUGUCAAAAGAGUUACCAGGAACAAGUUUUGUACAAAGAAGAGUUGAAGAAUUUUCAAAUGUUGUAGAAGAUAACAAGGUUGAUAAUGAAGAGCCCGAUCAUAGUUUAGUAAAUUCUAGAAUCAAGGCAUUUUCUACUAGUGAAGGGAGCAUUUUGAAGAGAAUUAUUUUAGAGGAAGAUUCAAGUAAUAAUAUAAAUAAUAAUGAGGAAGAAAAAGUAAUUAUAGAAGAGCAAAAUAAAAGUGAAACAAAUCAUAAGGAAUUUAUCAUUCCAAUAGAAAUUGAAGCUACAAACAAUGGUGAGGAAAGGAUUAUUCCUAUAAAAAUAGAAAAAGAUGUUUCAGUUGAAAAUCAUCCAAGAGUAAGUGAAAAUUCAAUAUUGAACAACUUCACAGAAGAUACCCAAGACAUGAAUGAAACUUUGCAAUAUAUUAUAAAAGAAGAAAACCCUGACAAUAAUUUUUCUAAAAAUCUGAAACAUAUAAAUGAAUCAUUACAAAACAUUAUAGAAAAUCAACCUAAGGAAGAAAAUAGGAAAAAUUAUAAAGAAAUAAGGAUAAUUCCUGUUGAAAUUAUUGAUAAUUUUAAAGGGGAAAUAGAAGAAUUUUUAAAGUCAAAUAAUUUAAAACACAUAAACGAAUCAUUACAGAAUAUAAUAGAAAAUGAAGAAGAACAAGAAGAGUUCGAAAAAUCAAACAAGUUAAAACACAUAAAUGAAUCACUACAGAAUAUAAUAGAAAAACCAUCCAAGGCAGAAAAUAAUAGAGAGAGAAUAAUUCCUGUUGAAAUUAUUAGUAAUUUUAAAGAGGAACUAGAAGAAUUUAAAAAAUCAAACAAUUUGAAACACAUAAAUGAAUCAUUACAGAACAUUAUGGAAAAACAGCCUAAGGAAGAAAAUGAAAUAAAUAAUGAAGAGGGAAUCAUUCCUGUAGAAAUUAUUAAUAAUUCUAAAGAGGAACUAGGAGAAAUCAAAAAAUCAAACAAUUUAAAACACAUAAAUGAAUCAUCACAAAAUAUAAUAGAAAAACAAUUCAAGGAAGAAAAUAACAAAGAAAAAAUAAUUUCUAUUGAAAUUAUUAAUAAUUCUAAAGAGGAACUAGAAGAAUUCAAAAAAUCAAACAAUUUAAAACACAUAAACGAAUCAUUACAGAAUAUGAUAGAAAAACAAUCCAAGGAAGCAAGUAAUGAGGAAAGAAUAAUUCCUGUUGAAAUUAUUAAUAAUUCCAAAGAAGAAUUCAAAAAAUCAAACAACGAAUCAAUAAAAAACAUAAUAGAAAACCAACCAAAGAAAGAAAAUCAAAACAAAAACCAAGAAAGCGAUUUAAAAAUUACAAACGAACCUCCGGUACCACCUCCACGAAAAUCCAAAGCCUUCCUACUAAGAAAAACCCAAAAAGACACAAAAAUCCCUGUUAGCAACGACAUAACCUACACUAACAUUCUCAGCCCUCCACGUCCAGCUUCAGCCAGCAGCGAUAGUACUACCUGUAGCGAAGAAAGUUCUAGAUGUACAGCCAAAUACAAUCCGAACUCGUCUAUAGCCGAUGUGGCUUCUAUAAGCGAAUUUUACGAAUUGAAACAACCAGAAACUCUACGUAAUAUCACUUUGAAAUUGCUGAUUUCCUUACCUUUUGGUGAAGAGAUGUUAAAAGUGCUUGCUGAUGCCUCUUGUAAAACCAUUGAAAAUUUAAUAAUUCAUAAUAAUUUGUUUAAAGAAAAAAUGUCUCAAGAUAGUCAAGAAGAUAGAAGACUUGUUGAGCUACAUGAGAAAUUUUUAACCAAAAAUCGUUUGUUAACAAUAAUCCAAGAAGAAGAUUCUACUGAAUCAAGUUCCAGCGCUAAAAACUUAACUGAAUGGCUUACAUUGGCAAGAAAUAAAAGUAAAAGUACAUCUAACCUGGACUCUAUAAAUAACUUCAACCGAUUCGAUGUCGGAAAGUAUCCACACACACACACCGUCCAACGCCGACGUUCUUUACCUCAAGAAAUUUACGAAAAACAACUCAUCGAAAUCAUGGAAAAAGAAAGAGAGAUUCAACGAGAGUUGGAACAGUUGGAAGAAGAAAAACGAAAGUUGCAACAACAUAAAUUUCAACCAGAUGAAUUUUACGUUUCCAAAAAUGGAGAUUUUGCUGAAAGAAAAGACAGGCCCCUAUCAAUGCCAGUAUUUCCAACCGAAUUCUUCAGACAGCAAAUGUACGAGGAAUACAUGGACAAGUUUUCAGCCAGAGAAGAACGCAAACAACAAAAACUCAUCAAAAUAUCAUCAUCCAGCAAUGACUUACACCAAAAUACUAAAUCCAAAGAAAUUAUUCACCCAAUUGAAAUCGAACAAGAGUUUAUGGAUAAAGUUAAAGAAAAGUUUCACAAGGAUGUUGAUGAAGAAAAAAUUGAAACAGUGGCAACAUUGAAAGAUUCCAUCAUAGCGCCUGUUCUAGUACUUGACGGUGACAAACUCAAGGGGGUUGAAACUUUACCCAAACAUCUCCAAGAAUUUGUAGACGACCUGACAACGAUGCAACAAAAUAAUGAUAGUAUAUGGUCCCCUGGCCAUCCAAGACGUCCUUCUUCGCCUACCAAAUACCAAAGGACCCAAAAUGAUCCACAAUCUCCGAUAUGGACCCCGAAAAGUGCCAGUACCAGCCCUACAGUUGAACGAAAAGAGUUUAGACCAGUCAACUUUCAAUCACCAGUACUGAGCAGGAAAACUAGAACCAGAUCAGAGACUAUUGAAACACCAGAUUCAGCGGUAUCUGAGCCACCCUGGAGUAGAAUUCCAGAAGGUAUCAGUGACAAUGCAAUAAAUCUAUCUUCGACGUUAGAUCGAAGAUUACCGACUAGUCAAUCGUCUCCAGGUUUUGGGAAUUUGUCUCCCAGGUUGCCUAGGGCUCAGAAUCCUACUAUAACACUUUUGCAGAAAGCCAGAGAAGGCCAACUUCCAAGGGGUGCCCAUUACAUUGCUGACCAAGAUAGGAGACCGCCGAACGAUAGACCGCCUAUAAAGUACCCUGGCGAAGUUUUAUACCACAUAAGAAACGAAUACACGAGCGAAUCAGAUAGCGAAAAACCGAGAAAAAUGGCCGACCUUUCCCCAAGGAAAUUCGAGGGUAUUGGACCAGUAAGCAAAGACGGAAUGCCUUUGAUUUUGAGAUCUGAAGUUAAAGACAAAGACCAAUCGAAAUGGUACAAAAGGAUGUACGAUACUAUUCACAAACAAAAACCACAUAGAGAUGAAUAUGUCACCAUCAGAUACAAACAAAAAAGAGCCCAAUAUCCAUACAGUUCAGGCUACUUGUCCGAACCAGAACCAGGGGCGUACGAUAGCGAUUUCACAGAGUACAAAUACCAAACUUUGGAUAGAAGACGGACACCACAAACUGUACAUUUUAAUAGUUCGACUAUGAAUAGGAAUGCACCUGAAAGAUCAUACUCAUCGUCUGAUGUUUUGAAAAAUACUCAACCGGGAAGAAUUGAGAAUUAUCGUCCAGGACAUUCGUCUAUAUCGGAAAAAGAGGCUAAACAGUGGUGGGACGAAGUUAUGGAUAUUUUUGACGGGCAUUUGGAGCAACAAAGCAGAGUACCACCCCAAAAACCAAGAAGUUUCAUCAACCAAGCCUUAAAAGAAUCUGGCUACGAAAGCGACUCAACCCUAGUGUUUAAAAGAAAAGAAGAAACAGCUGCGAGCCAAAUAAGUCCCAAAGAACAACGAGAAGCUUAUAAAACAAUCCAGAAGGGCGGAGAUGUACCUUUCCAGGGUUUGAGAAAGCUGGCUCCUGAACGACCCAAAGAACCAGAUUUACCACCCCCACCGCCACCGCCAAAAAACCAGGGAGGAGUAAGGAGCCAAGAACCAGAAUCUCCGAGGAAAUAUGUAGAAAACGAAGUGACGAUUCACUACAAAUCACCAGUGAGAACGGAAAUCAAAGAGUAUGUUUCGGAAGACGAGCUGGCCCAUCGUCAGGCCGAGGCAAUGAAAAAAAUCUACGAAGAAGAAAGAAAGAGAAAGUACCUCCAGGAACUUCACGACAUGAAAUCCAGGAGGCACACGGACAACUUCAUCCCAUCGCAAAAACCCCUCAUUCCACUCAAUAGAUAUGAUGAUUUCGACGAUCUUGCUCCCACAAAAACGCGUCCAAGGUCACCUGAACCAAGAUUAGUAGCUAAAGCCCUCUACAAUUUCGUGGGUCAAACGGCCAGAGAGUUGACCUUUAGAAGAGGGGACCUUAUCUACGUCAGAAGGCAGGUGGACAAGAAUUGGUACGAGGGUGAAUUGAACGCCAUGGUGGGACUGUUUCCUGUUAAUUAUGUCGAGAUCGUUCCCUAUGAAGGCACCAAAUCCGUAAUUCCCAGGAAAGCGCACGAAGGUCAAGCAAGGGCCAAAUUCAACUUUGUAGCUCAAACACAUUUGGAGCUAUCUUUGGCCAAAGGAGAGUUGGUCACUAUUACUAGAAAAGUGGACGAUAAUUGGUUCGAAGGCAAAAUUGGUGGUAGAAAAGGAAUUUUCCCUGUUGCAUAUGUUGAUGUUUUAAUUGAUCCCAGUGAGCCUGCUCCUUCUAAUACCAAGCCUGUAGCUUCUCCAGCUGCUCAUUCACUUCUUCUCAAUGGAUCAGCAUCAAUGGGUAGUCAUCUUUAUACACCAUCUAUUAGGGAUAAUGGUUAUCACCACGCUAAACCAGUCCAACUAAGUGGUAGUGGAACUUAUUCCACUUUACCAAAGGUUUCUAAAAGUCCUGUAGAGGCGCUUCAUAUAGAAACCCAAUCUGAACCAAUACCGUAUCGGGCCCUUUACAAAUACACACCCCAAAACGAUGACGAAUUGGAGCUACUAGAAGGAGAUACAGUUUAUGUUUUGGAAAAAUGCGACGACGGUUGGUAUGUGGGUUCUAGUGAUAGAACAGGAGCUUUCGGCACUUUCCCGGGGAAUUACGUGGAGAAAAUCUAGCACAAAAUUUAUUAUUUAAAUAGAAUUUAAGUACUAAUUUUUCGGACAAAACUAAUCGCCACAAAUUCAAACUCAUAACCGAGCUAACAAUUAAGUAUCAUUGCCAAUUUGAUUAUACAGGGUGUUGCAAAUUAUACAUUACAAACUCAAUUUUCUUAUAUCCUGAGAAUUUUAAUGUCUGUCAUGGAUUUCAAAAUAUUGUAGUUAACACCGAGAUUCCCAUUGCUUAGGUAUUAGCAAUUUGUAACAUCCUUGUAUAUUAUUGUAAAUAUAUAAUUGCAAUAAAAUAAAUUAGUUAAUAAGAAAUCUAGUCAACUGUAGCCCAAAAUAUUUAUAUUAUAAUCGACACCAAAAGUAUCUUUUAGAUAAGUAGAUUAAAGUUCUUCCAUAUUUAGCCAAAACUACGUCCAAUUAUUAAUAAUUGCUUUUAAUUUAGUAGCCCUGAAAUGUUAAGACUUAACUUAGAAGAGUGCCUUUGAAAAAUACAAUACGUUUGUAUGAUUAACACCCCAUAUUAUACAGACAAGACCAACAUACCUACUAGACACACUAGUCCUAUUAAAGCCUAACGUGUCUAGUAACCUUGUCCUUUCUGUAUAAAACCUAAUUACUUAAUAAUGUAGCUGUAAAGUAUAUAAAAAUCGUUGUUAUUUAGUUUUAUACUAAUAUUUAUAAUGAAUAUAGCUAAACAAUAAUUUUGUGUUUGACUUCAGAUUUAAUAUUAUUUAUUUGUUAAAUGAUUUUGAAAUAGCGCAGCCCAGUGUAUUAUGAAUAUUUGUUUUAAUAAAAAAGUAAUGCAAAGUAA